AUGAACCGUUUUGUGUUCUUGUUCCUUACUCUAUGCCUUAUUGGUAUUGCGACUCAAUCAAAUAUUCCCAAUGAAGAUCCAAGUUGGAGAAAUGAUCCAGGCAAUAAUCAGAAUUUAGAAUGGCAUGAAUCCCUCUCUACAACAACGAGCAAACGAUCAUUUGUUCUGAAAUAUUCGAGUGAUAAAGAAAAUCUACAAUCAUCCAAACGAUACAAUGCCCGUCUAUUAGGCACUGGAUAUUUAUCUUCACGAAAUUCGCCAUCUUGUCUCACUUUUGAUUAUCAAAUAACGGAUGAUAAAUCAGAUAGAUUGUCUGUUUUUGCUCAUAAUCGAACUAUUUGGAGUAGUCGAUUACGUUCAGGACAAAGUGAUAUUCAUAUUCAAUUGAAUAUUUCAUCAUCAUCAGCUAGUUCAUUACGAAUGGCAACUCUUAUUGCAUUCGAUGGACAAUUAACAAACAAUGGACAAAUCCAAUUGAAAAAUAUUUUAAUUACUCAUCAAGCACGUCCUCCUUCAACAUUAAAAAAAUCAAGUACUAAACGUUUAACUCCAACUGUCAAAUCUUCAAAUUCUCAAAUAAUUUCAUCAUUUACAACAAAAGCUGUUGCUGGUUAUGAUUGUACAUUUGAACAAGAUAUGUGUCGAUGGACACAAGGUCAAAAUACUACUCUCGAUUGGUUUCGUGAACAACCUAGUUCGAAUGAUCUUGCUGGUAUUGUUGGUCCAUUAACUGAUCAUACAUAUGGAAAUUCAACUGGUUAUUAUGUUACAACAAGAUUACCAAUUCCUGUAGUUACGUUUUCAGAUAUUGAUAUAUCAGUUUUAGUUAGUCCACUUUUACCAAAUAAUGUACCAGGUCCAAUGUGUGCUAAAUGGUGGUAUAUGAUGCAUGGUACAGAUGAUACUGAAUUAAAUGUUUAUUUGAUUUUCAAUGAAAAUUUUACUUCAACACAAUCUGUUUGGAGACGAUCAGGUGAUCAAGGACGUCAUUGGCAACAUGGUCAAAUACAAAUUGAACCAGGAGAUAGUAUCACACGUGUUGUUUAUGAAGUUGUUGCUAUGUGGAGUAUUCGAUCAGCAGUUUCACUAGAUGAUGUUACACUUCUUGAUGGUGCUUGUAUUAAACCAGAUUUUUAUUCAAUAAGUUGUACAUUUGAAGAAGAACAUAUCUGUGGAUAUUCAUCUGAUCCAACUGGACAAUUAGCAUGGACUAAAGGACAAGGAUCAACACCAACUGCAUCUACUGGUGCUACUGAAGAUCAUACACUUGGUACGGCACAAGGUCAUUUUAUGUUUAUUGAAUCAUCAUUGCCACAAAGACCUGGUAAUAAAGCACGAUUAAUAUCAAUUGUUGAACAACCCCAAAAUGGUCGUUGUUUACAAUUUUGGUAUCAUAUGUACGGUAGAAAUAUUGGUCAAUUAAAUGUUUAUGUGAGUACGAAUACAUCGAAUAAUGAUACACGUAUACUUGUUUGGUCACGUGGUGCUAAUGUUGGUGAUGUAUGGCGUAAAGCACAUAUUUCAACUGAAUAUACAGUACCAUUUAGUGUUAUAUUUGAAGGUAUUGUUGGUAACGGCAUUGAAGGUGAUAUUUCUAUUGAUGAUAUCGAACGUUUAGCUGUAUCGUGUAAAGAACCAAAUAAUUGUGAUUUUGAAGGUGAUACAUUUUGUGGAUGGGAAAAUGUUAAAAAAACUGAUCAAUUUGAUUGGGAAAUAACAAGUGGUCCAUCAUCAAGUACAUUUCUUAGUGGUCCAUUAUCUGAUCAUACACUUGGAACAGACGAUGGUUCAUAUGGAUUUAUUGAUACAAAUAGACAGCGAAAACUUAAUGAUACAGCUGUACUUAUUUCACAUUCAAUGACGGAUACUAGUUCAAAUGGAAUGUGUUUUGAAUUUUUCUAUCAUAUGUAUGGUGAAGGUAUUGGUACAUUGACAGUUUAUUUACAAAAAGAAGGUUUUCAACCAAUACCGAUGUGGACAUUAUCUGGUGAACAAGCAGAUAGUUGGUUUCAAGGAAAAGUUGGUUUUAUUGUAAAUUCAGAUCAUUCAAUAUUAAUUGAAGCCAAAAUAACUCGAAAUGAUGAAGGUAAUAUUGCUAUUGAUGAUUUGUCAAUAACAAAUGGAUAUUGUCCAAUAUUUCCAACACAUGCUACACCAAUUGAUAGCUUAACAACAACGAUAACACCAGUGAUAACAACGGGAAUAACAACUUCACCACGUCCAUUAACAGUUUAUGAUUGUGAUUUUGAAAGUGAUACAUGUUCAUCAUGGAGUAUAGUAUCUAAAUUUGAACUUAGUUGGAUACGAGUUCAAGCUACAAUAGCAUCACAACAAGAUGAACGUAAUCCACCAUAUGAUCAUACAAUAAAUCAGUCAAAUGGAUAUUAUCUUUUACUUCAAUUAAAUAAAUCAAUACCAUUUCCUAAUAAUAAUAUCUCAAGUCAACUUCGAAGUACAACAAUAAAUAAUAAUCGUCAAUGUUUAGAAUUUUGGUAUUUCAUCUAUGGUCCAAAUGUUGGUAUAUUAAGUGUUCAAAAGGUUUCUGGUUCACUUUCUCAAGUACGAUGGACAACAAAAGGUGGAAAAGGUUAUGAAUGGUAUCAUGCACAAGUUAAUCUUCAAUCACCCGCAAGCGAUCCAACACAAUUUAAUAUUGUUAUUGAAGGAACAUGGUCAGCAGAUAAUCGUGGUUUAAUUGCUAUUGAUGAUAUUACACUUCUUAAUGGUACAUGUCAAACAACAACUAAUCAAUGUGAUUUUGAUUCGGAUGAUUCAAUUUGUGGAUUUCAAUAUGAUUCAACAGGAGAGUUUAAUUGGACACGUAGUUUAGCAUCUGCUGUUCAACAAGGUCUUCAUCCAAAUGUUGAUCAUACAACACAAACUGAUACAGGUUAUUAUAUGUUAGCUGGAGGAAAAAAUCGUAAUGCUAAUGAUCGUGCAUUACUUUUAACACCAGUUCAAGAUCGUACAGCUGGUUCAUGUUUACAUUUUUGGUAUUUUCUAUAUGCAUCAACACAAAAGAUGCAAUUAAAGGUUUACUUAUCUCCACCGGGUCCAUAUUCUUGGAUUUUCGAUAGUAAUUUUGAUAAUCGUUGGUUAUAUACACAAAUCAAUAUUCAGAAUCCUAGUCAGUCUUGGCAAGCAGUAUUUGAAGGACAAGUUUUAACACAAAAUCCAGAUGUUAGUAUUGCUAUUGAUGAUGUCUCGAUUACCAGAGGUUUAUGUCCAAAACCGGGUGAUUGUACAUUUGAAGAUGAUUUAUGUGGUUGGACAACUAAUGAUAUUGAUGCUGAUAUGGAUUGGCUUAUUGGACAAGGUAUACUUUCAUUUGGAACUGGACCACAAUAUGAUCAUACAACAAAUACAGCACAAGGAAAAUAUUUAAUGAUUGAAACAUCAUGGCCAACAAAGCCAGGUGAUCGUGCACGUUUACAUAGUGUUGUUUUUGAUGGAACAAAUGGAGAUGCUAAAUGUUUUCGAUUUUGGUAUCAUAUGUAUGGUGAUUCAAUUGGAACAUUAAAUGUUUAUCUUUUCGAUGGUUCAUAUACACAUAUAUGGUCGUUAUCAGGUAAUCGUGGUAAUCAAUGGUAUGAAGGACAAGUCUCAUAUGUUUCAAUGGUUCCACAUCAAAUUAUUGUCGAAGGUAUUGCUGGAAAAGAUUAUUUGGGAGAUAUUUCAAUUGAUGAUUUCACAUUUACAACAAGUAAUUGUUCAAUUCGACCAAUGAAUGAUUCAGUACCAACGAUUGGAACAACACUUCCAUCAACAUUAUUAACAACAACUACACGUCAAACAACAAUAGCACCACAAUCACCAUGGGAUUGUAACUUUGAACAAAGUGUUCUUUGUCCAACAUGGGCACAUGAUGUAACAGCUGAUUUUCGAUGGGAAUUAAAACAAGGUCAAACACCAACACUUAAUACUGGACCUAGUGUUGAUCAUACAUAUGGCACACCUAAUGGUUGGUAUAUUUAUAUGGAAGCUAGUUAUCCACAAAAAUAUAAUCAACGUUCUCGUAUUAUAUCAGCAGAAAUUCAAGGACAAAAAUGUUUACAAUUCUGGUAUCAUAUGUAUGGUAUGGAUGUUAAUACAUUGAAUGUUUAUAUUAAAAUUAAUGGUCAACUUGGUAAACCAGUUUGGACACGAACAAGAAAUCAAGGCAAUCAAUGGUUAAAAGGACAAUAUGCAAUAUUUCCUCCAGAAAAUACUAAAUUUCAAAUUGUAUUCGAAGGUGUUGUUGGACAAUAUGGUCUUGGUGACAUUGCUCUUGAUGAUAUUGUUGUUUAUGUAUCAUGUCCAAAUGAAGAUCGUUUAUGUACAUUUGAAGAUCCAUCUCUAUGUAAUUAUAUAAAUGAUGUUGAAACACAAUAUAAUUGGACACGUACAACUGGUAAUGAUCCAUUGGCAAGUGGUUUUAAACCAUCAAUUGAUCAUACAGAUGGAACAAGUAAUGGUGCAUAUAUGCUUGUUGAUAUAUCUAAAUCAUCAUCAAAUGUAACUAAUCAACGAGCACGUCUUAUUUCACCAGUUAUAGUUCCUAAUGGAGAACAAUGUGUUGAAUUUUGGUAUUAUACAGAUGCUGAAGCACUUAGUAGUGCAUCAAGAUUAAAUUUAUUUGUACGAACAAGUACACAAUUAACAAAUACAUCUGGUUAUUUAAUUUGGUCAACAGAUAUUCUUCAAGAUCGUCAUUGGCGUAUUUCACAACAACGUAUUCCACAUGGUCUUAGUUUAACACCAUAUCAAAUUAUUUUUGAAAGUACAAUUUAUAAAUCAGAUGCCAAUUCACCAAUUAUUGCUAUUGAUGAUGUUUUCAUUCGUGAUCGAGCUUGUCUUGAACCAGGCGAUUGUGAUUUUGAAAAUGGAAUGUGUACAUGGCGUAGUAUGUUUCUUGUUGGAAAUGUUAGUUGGAUGAUUGGUUCUGGUUCAGCAAAACCACCUUAUAAUGGACCUCAAAAUGAUCACACCAUAGGAAGUGAUCAAGGUCAAUAUCUCUUCUUAAGUUCAUCAUUCACCAAUCAAAAAUCCGUAGUUGCUGUUGUUCAAAGUGAAACAUUUCCACCAACUUCACGUGCUGGUCGUUGUUUAACAUUCUGGUAUGUCAUACGUGGUAAUCAAUUAGGUCGUGUUGAUGUCAAUAUCACAACUUUACAAAAUAGAUACAUGAUUUGGUCACUUGGUACUAUAGAUCAAGGUGAAUCAUGGAAAUUCGCAUCGGUUGGCUAUUAUAUAGAUGAAGAUUACAAUAUUGUCAUCGAAGGAAGUGUUACUUCGCAAAUGCAUGGUUAUUAUGCUAUCGAUGAUAUCGAUAUUCGUGAUAAUUUUUGUGGAAUAAAUCCAACAAAUGCAACUGUCACUGCUUUAACAACACCACAAACAAUAACUCAACCAACAACACCAUUUCAAAUUCCAAGUAUUUAUGAUUGUACAUUUGAAGUUGAUUUUUGUUCAUGGACUCGUCUUGCUGAUGGAGUUCUUAAUUGGACUCGCACUCAAGGUAGUACGGCAACAGCUGGAACUGGUCCUCAAUUCAAUGUAACAACACAAACAAAUCAAAGCUGGUAUAUUUAUCUUGAAACACCUUCUUCUGUUAAACUUAAUGAUACAGCACGUUUACAAUCACCAUCAAUUGCUGGUUCAACAACAAAAUGUUUUCAAUUUUGGUAUCAUAUGUAUGGACCUGAUAUAAAUCGUUUAGAUGUAUUAAUUGUUGAUUCAUCAAAUGUUGAAACAACUGUUUGGUCUCGUGAAGGACCUCAAGGAAAUGUUUGGCGUUUAGGAAAAGUUAAAUUACACGAUAUCACAGAUAUGUAUAAUAUUAUCCUUCAAGGUGUUGCUGGUUCAAGUUUUCAAGGUGAUAUUACUUUAGAUAAUCUUCAAUUAAUUGAUGGUAAUUGUCCUAAUGAUUUACCAUUUGAAUGUGAUUUUGAUGAUGAAAGUUUAUGUGGUUUUCAACAUGAUCUAACAGAAAAACACCAAUGGAUAAGACAUAAAGCAGCAACACCUGGUAUAUUGAGUGGACCAAGUUUUGAUCAUAGUACAAUGACUAGUAGUGGUUAUUAUAUGUAUGUUCCAAGUGCUAAUUCAAAUCGUCAAGGUGAAAAAGCUCGAUUAAUAUCUCCAUGGAUGAAUAAUACAAAUGGACAAUGUCUUUCAUUUUGGUAUCAUAGUUAUGGUGCUGAUGUAGGUUCAUUAACAGUUUAUAGACGUACAUUAUCAGAUGAACUAUAUCCAAUGUGGAAAGUUAAUUAUAAUUUUAAUGAUACAUGGAAUGCAGCUGAAAUCACAAUAGAAAAAACUGAUGAAGCAUGGGCUAUUGCAUUUGAAAGUGAAUAUGGUAUUGGAUCUGUUGGUGAUUUAGCUAUUGAUGAUGUAUCUAUACGAAAUGGAAAUUGUCCAACAUUAGGUUCAUGUUCAUUUGAAUCAGUUGAUUUUUGUACAUGGCAUAAUGUUCGUUCAUCAUUAGAUGAUUUUGAUUGGCUUGUCGAUAGAGGUAAAACAGAUUCAGCAUUUACUGGACCAUCAAUUGAUCAUACAUAUAAUGAUGGAUUUGGCUAUUAUGCUUUUAUUGAAGCAUCAUCACCAAGACGAACUAAUGAUCGUGCUAUACUUGAAUCAACUAUACUUAUGCCAACAUCAUCAAUUGGCUCUUGUUUAUCAUUUUGGUAUCAUAUGUAUGGAAAUAUUGGUGGAUUGAAUGUUUAUAUCAAUGGUGUUAAAUCUACAACACCGUUAUGGAUUUGGGCGCAAAAAGGAAAUAAAGGUGAUCAAUGGUUAAAUGGUCAAGUUACAAUUCGUUCAACUUCAUAUUAUCGAUUACAAAUUGAAGGUGUCAUUGGUAUAUCAUAUCAAGGACAUGCAGCUAUUGAUGAUCUUCAUAUUUUUGAAAAUCCAUGUAUUUUAACACCAUCAGAUGCUGAUCCAUCUACCCACGUACCUACAACAACGCCUUAUACACGUCCACUAACAACAACCAUUAGAAUGACUACAACUGCAUCUAUAGAAGUACCAACGGCAACAACUGACACCGCUCAAAUAACUACAACUACUUAUGCUGCAUGUUCCUGCCAGAAUGGUGGUAUUUGUAAAUCAAUAGACUUUGAUAAACCAAAGUGCGAAUGUAAACCUGGUUUUAAUGGUGCACAAUGUGAAAAUAAAGUAUCACCAACAAAGAAUAAUUUGGGUGCUAUUUUGGGUGGAGUUUUUGGUGGACUUGCUGUUAUUACUUUAAUUGUUGUUGGAUAUAUCUAUUUUUCUUCAAAAAAGCGUGCAGCUAGAGUUGCAAUUGCAAGUACACAAUUAACUGAUUCAUUACAACAGGGUUCAACGAAAAAUUCUGCUUACAAUGAAACUAUAAUAACUGAUGCAUAA